UUCAUCGGUAAAUACGCCAUUAUCUCCCCCCUUAUUUUUCUUUUCCCCAUUUACAUGUGCUUUGGCGUGGUGUCAACUCUCGUCAUAUUUUUCUCUCUAAAAAGGCCAAACAAUUUUUGCGAGAAAAAUAUACAAGUAAUGCAAGUUUUUUUUAGUUUUUAGACGAGACAACGCGAAUGAUUUGUCCCCCAUCUUUUUCUUAACUAAAAUGACAGCCUAUAAACCAUUCGCCAAUGUUUUUUUUCUUAAACUCAAAAAUUGAUCGUCCUUUUAUAAUAAAAUAAAUAUUUUUUUCUCUUUCGUAAUAGCUAUUUGUUAAUUGUUGUUAAUUUACUUUUAAAAUAUUUUUUUGUUGUUUUUGAGGGAAGGGUGGGAGAAGAGGGGGAAUUGAAAAUUAAAUAAUUUCUGUUGUUUUUUUGGGGAAAGGAGGGGGGGGGGAAGACAAUUGAUCCAAAAAUAACACUUGGAUAAUAAAAAUAAAUUUCCUUCUUUUUGCACUUUUUAGAACACUUAUAAACAAAUUUUACUUUUUAUUCUUUGGCCUUUAUUUAAACUACACAUUUUCUACAAACAAUUAUGACAACUUCUGUUGAUUUUGAUUAUAAUGGACCGCCAGUUACUGUUUCAAAUGGAAUGGCUGUUGAGUUAGUUGCACAAUUUGGAAUUCAAAAUGCGUGGUUCGCCUUUUUAAAACUCCGAGGAAUGAAAUUAAAAAAUGAAGAAGCAGAAAACGCCCGCGAGUCAUUCACUUAUUUUCGCAACAAAAUUGGUCAUUUACGUCGUUUGACCAAAGAAUUCAAUGAAAAACAAAAAGAAAAGGGUUGUGAAGAGUCGACCAAAAAUUCUUUUGAUGCCUUAUCUUCGGCCGAUUUUGAUAAUUUUUUUGUCUCACCAGACUCGUUAGAAUUGAGAAAAGAUGCAACAAAAUAUUCGGAAGUUGAAGAUAACGAAUUUUUUGAAGGGAGUGUGACAAUUUUUUUGAAAAAAAUGAUGAUUUUUUAUCUGACGAUUUUCCUGAUUUUUUGCUUACAUUUUUGUGUUCUAUUUUGGGUGUUGUUACUUUACCCGAGUUCAGGGUCAGAGUUAAACGAAUAUAGGUAUAUGCUCAUCCUUUGGUUUAUUACAAAAAAAUUUGGGUUUGUUUUAUGGGUCCUUCAAAUUUUAAAAAUUGAAGGUGUUGCCUCUUCUUCAUCCUCUUCAAGCCAAAAAACUUCAUCACCUACGACAGUUUCACUUUUACAAGUAAUUGAAGAAAAUAAAAGAAGACAGCAAAAAAUAGAUAAUAAUGACCAUCAACUAGACAAACAAACGACAGAAAAAGACCAACAAAAAUCGAAUCGUAAAGAAGAUAAAAUUUUAGAGGAACAAAAAGGGGAAACUUUACAAAAUAAAAAUACUCUUCACAAGUAUUCCCGUAAUAAUAAAAAACCAACUACGACAACGACAGAAAAUAUAGAAACUAAACAAAUGGUUGAAAAAUUGUUGGCUGCAAAAGAAGAAAUAGCUCGUCGACAUUCAGAAACUAUUGAUGAUGUGGUGUCUGUUGUUAUGGAAAAAAUUCGCAACAAUCAGCCCUUUGAAGGGGAGUUGACUGCCCCAACUGGACAUUUUAUACCUCCAAAAUCACACCACAAGAGGGCAGGAAUUAGUGGAGGGCAAAAGAUGAUUCAUCAACAACGUUCUGGAAUUCCUGUUUUGGGGCAGAUGAAAGCAGAAGACUCAAUAUUACGCCAGCAACAGAAAGGGGGGACUGUUUUGGCUUCUGUGACAAAUGAAGGAGUUUUGACUACAGCUACACCUACAACAGCAUUCAGGCAAUUUUUUAAAUUUAUUUUUUUAUUUUUGUCAAUUUUUUAG